CGUGCAUUAGCUGAGAGCGGAACAACAGGCGGCAGUCUGGAUGGCCGAACGCGGUUGUUCUGGUGUCGAUUCUCGACAUCCUGUGUCUGCGAGUCUGUACGAUUUGUGGGAUGGGCGACCAAAAGACGAAGCUCGUUUUGCUGUCAUAUAUGAGAGUUUUCACCAAGCUUCUUUUGCGGAAGAUGACGACGUUGUCUGUCUCUCUUACAGUCAACUAGAAACUCUAGUUGACCAGAUAGCAAAUGCCGUAGGUAAACCUGAAAAUGUCAACGAGGUCAUUGGAAUCUGUGUACAUCCCUCUCACUUAUUGCCUGCUGUUGUCCUGGCUGUAUUGAAGGUUGGUGCAGCCUAUUGUCCUGUUGACCGAAGUCAGCAUGUCAAAGCUCGAUGCCAGAAUCUACCUCACUUGAAUGUGAGGAGAAUAAUACUGCAAGAGUCACUAAUGGAGGUAAGAAGGCUAUUUGUGUAUUAUUACACAGAAGACGUAUCAUACCAGUGGAGGUAG